GAUACAAAAGAACGAAAAGCGCCGCCAAACUAUAAGACGUCCCUCCCCUCCAGCUCGAGGCCCGGGGAGUUUGUGCGGUGGCCUCUAGCUUCGCCCUGUGAGGUCUCCUGCAGUGAGGAAGCGCUCAGGCGGGACUGCGCACGCGCCCCUCCUCACGCCGCAGUGUUCCCCGCCUUCCCGAGUUCUUGGCGUUCGCGAGGCAUUGUGGGCAUUGCAGUCCGCAGCCGUCGGGAUCCAGAGCACAGCAGCGGCGUCGGCUCUAGAGACAACAUGAAGAGGAUAAAUAGCAACCUUUCCAGUGAUGAACUUAUUCUGGAGGACUUGGAAACAGAAGGAGAGAGGCAGCUGCGGAGCCUCCUUCACCAUCAGCUUGAUACUUCUGUUUCCGUUGAGGAGUGUGUAUCCAAGAAACAAUGCUUUGCCCCUGCUGCAGUGUACAAGCCCUUUGGGGAGGAGGCAGCUGGGGCCUUGACCUUGUCCCAGUUUCAAGCACUGCAGAAGAACGAUCAGGAAAUCGCAUCUCUGAGGGACUUGGGGCUCAAUGAUAGAGAGAUUAUGCUGUGGAAGAACCGGACUUCCUCCGAGAAGGGUACAGGGCUGGGAGCAGCCCCUGAAGCAACACAGGAUCGUCUUCGAGACAUUGAAGAGAAGAUCUCGGAGCAUCAGCGCAUUCUGGCCUUGCCCCAGAGGUUUGCGGGGAGUAAACAGCUGAGCCGGCGAGAGAUGGAGAUAGAAAAGGCUUUGUUUCAGGGGAAUGAUCGCCAUUCCUUCCUGAGGGCUCUCUAUUACCAAGGUGAAUCCCAUAAGAGGCUAGAGGCUGAGAAGGACCCCAUUAACAAUCUGGAGACUGUUUACCAAGAGAUGAUGGCCAAACCACAUCCCGAAGAGGCUCAGCUUAUGAGAGGUGAACCCUUUGCUUCCCCCUCAUUGGACCCAGAUGCAUUAGUGGACACUAGUGUCACAGCUAAGAACCUGUCAGUACCUAAGGAUCAGGGAAACCAGGCAGCACAGGCUGAGGGGCCUAGCCUCCAUGUGGUGAAAGCUAUUGAAUGUGAGUCUCAGCAUUGUCUUACUGGGCCCAAGAAGGUGACAGAACUAGUGGAGUUUGUCCCAGAAGAUGAGAUCAAGAGAAAUCGCCUGUCAGAGGAGGACAUCCGAAAAAUCCCUAUGUUUGCUUCAUACAAUCCUGGAGAGCCGAACAAGGUACUGUAUUUGAAGAACCUCAGUCCUCGGGUGACUGAGAAGGAACUUGUCUCCUUGUUUGCCCGGUUCCAGGAGAAAAAAGGACCCCCGAUUCAAUUCCGAGUGUUGACUGGCCGCAUGAAGGGCCAGGCCUUCGUCACCUUCCCCAAUAUGGAGAUGGCCCAGCAGGCUUUGCUGCUGGUGAAUGGAUACAACCUACUGGGGAAAACACUGGUGAUAGAGUUUGGAAAGAACAAAACGCAGAUGUCGAGGCUUCAGUCAGCUUCUCCCAUCCCGUGUGCAACAGAUAGGAUGACAGAACGUGAUGGGAGCUAAAAGAGAAAUGGACCAGGGUCCUUAAUGUGUUCUCACUUGUAUUUGCAACUCACUUCUAGGGUCUGUAUAUAAAGAACCAUCUCAUAGGAGAGAGUGAUUAGAAAGCACCUAAGAGUCCUUUUCAAGUGUUCAUUAUGGUAACUUUUGGAAACAUUUCCCUCAGUGAGAGACCAUGUGGGAUAGAGGAGACACUGAGAAUAAAGUUUGCCUUCCCCAUCCCCCACCCCCUAAGAUAGAGUAGUCAUCAGAUUGUUUCCGUUUGAUCUUCCUAUAUUUUCCACUAUCUUACAGAGGCUGACAAAGCUUGCCAGCCUGUCUCCUAUUAAUCACAAGGGAAGGGUCUCACCACAUCUCACCUCCUCUAAUUCCCCCCCCAACCCCAGCCAGUUCUCUAGGAGUGCAGGAGAGCAGCCAGCUCCAAAGUAUAUUUAAUUUGUAUAGCUUGUCUUCCCAGCUAAACUAUAUGCUUCUUGAGGGCAGGGAUCAUUUCUUACAUUUCCUUGUCUCCCCCUUAGUGUCUAGCACAGUGCCCUGUAUAUAGUGGAUGGGUAUUAAACAUUUGUGAGUGGUCGAUUCCCUAAAACACGAGAGGCCAUUAGAGCAUCACCCUGGGAAGCUUUUCCCUUAGAAGGCCUAUACUCCUUGGGACCCUGUUCCCCAGAAGUUUCUCCCUCAGCUUUGCCCAGUGACCUGGCUUCCUCUUAGUUUGGCAAGCCCGCUCCUUGGGGCCGAUUGAAGACACAAACAUCCUGGGCAGACUUUGAAUUUCUCUGCUGGCCUCGAUACAGCUCUCCCACUCCAUAGGGUAGGCCUUCUUCCAGUCUUGUGUUCAGACAGCUUGUCUCCUUUGUUCAGAGUAAACCUUUAUGAUACUUUCCACAUCCAGGGCGUGGACUAGCAGUUCGGAUGUCUGUCUCUGAGUGUAUCCCAUACUCCCUCAUCCAGGGUCAGAUUAGCUUUCACAAAAGCAGAUUCCAAACAGCCUUUGGGGACUCGGGGAAGGGUGAGAGUAGUGUUGGUGGUUGUGGCCAGUCCAGAAACCAAGGAAGGGAAGCAGCAGAUGGGCCUGCCCCUAGGCUCCCAGUCUGUGGUGGGACCCAUGUUUCCCAGCUCCUACUUGCUCUGUCCUCCUGCUAGAACACUCGCCUGCCUAGAUGAACUAGCUCUUCCUCCAGGACCAAACAGUCUCCCACACCCCAAUAUAUCUCAUUCCCCCGAUGAUUUUUUCCUCCCUCGGUGUCCUGGGAACAGUUAAAUUUGGAGCCAAAAUGCAUAGCACCAUGGGGAAGGAGGGAAAAGGGAAUUUGUGGCCAAGAGAAUUUGGGAAGCAAAGAAAGUUUUCAUAAACGAUGGGCACAGAUAAGACUCAUCAAAUCAUGGCUAUAUGUAUACUAUUUUGUGAUGUACCAACACAACUGUACCGUGGCGUGGGCAGAUUACCUGUUUGUGUAUUAGGCUUGGUACAUUAUGUGAAUGUGUGUCCAUGAGUGUUUGUAUAUCUGUGGAGAGGUGUUAGAGGGGUGUGUAUUUUGUUUCUUUUGUUCCCUGGCUGGGAUCAAGGGCCCCUGCUCACUUUGCUCCUGGAAGCACCUGCAGUUUAGCGAGUGCUAUUCCACGUUCAAGGGGACUCUUCCCAGAGGGGUGCUUUCUAGUGUUUUCCCAUCUUUCUGUUCAAAGAACUCUUAGCUAGUUAUUCCUCUCUUCCCUUCUCCACUGUCUCAGCAAUGUCCUGUGCGUCACAGAUAUUAGAACAUAUUAGAGAAAUAGGGAUAUGUAGAGAAACAGUUUUCUUGAAACUUAGUUACAACACACAAAUACAGAAUACAUGAUCAGUAGUUGGGUCCAACAAUCACAGGGGCCCUGUCACAGUGAGCAAGAGUUUGUCACCUUUGCAUUGGGCUUCUGUUCUCCGACCGGCUUAAGGAGAUGUGACUAGACAGCGGUUCGAGGGAAAAAGAUCUUGGACGGAUUAGUUCAGUGAGUGACCAGUGAUGACUUCAGAGGCCUAACAGUGAAGCCCACCUCCAAUCUCUGCAGGGAGGUAGCCUGGAGAUGCAGGCUGAGGCAUACGCUUCAGACAUGGCCAAUAUGUUGAUUUGUUUUGCUUGACUGUACUUAUUUGUUACGAAGGAAGAUUCCAUUGGGGGUCGUGGGUGGGGGGAAGUCAUUGAGAAGUGACAAUGAUGUUAAAAAAAAAAAGGUUCAAUAAAGCAUUUAAAAAGAA